GGGGAUGGAACAUGCGGAAGAAAUUGAAAGACGGUUGACACAAUGCAGAAGAGAAUGCUCACCACAUGGGCGGGGUGGCCUGUCGUUUGAAGAACUCAAUGCUUUAGAGGUCUGAGAUUCUGUUCCACUCCCCUCCUUGGGCAGGAGGAUCUGUGAUGUACAUUGAGGAAGGAGAGUGCUGUUUGUGCGUAGGGGAUUUUUCCCCUCCCUGAGCUGUCUUAUGUGAGCAGGGAGUGGGAGUUUCAGUACUUCUCUGCGUUAGUCCAGACCUGUUGCCCAGGCCUGAGAAGGAGGGUGGGGUAGCUGGUGCAUUUCUCAGACUGGAAGGGUUUCUUAUUCAUCACUGUUCCUGACACAGAGAGCUCCCUUAAGGUUUAAGCAAGAGGCAACCUAAAUAUCUCUGUCUUGGAAACUGGAUUUGUCUAAGGAAGGACGAGCCAAGGCAUGUUUCAGAGAGGCAGAAUUUUGCCUUGAGAAGGAUAUUUUAAUCGUCAGGCUGGGGGAAUUUUAAAUCAAGAUCAUUUGAACGCUUCUCGGAAGAGAGAUUCCACCCCCACCCCCACCCCGUCCUCUCUGGUUUGAUUUGUUUUUCUUAUGAAAUUUGAAGCACCGGCUACGACGAGAGGUUCUGAUUUCCCUUCGUCGCCAGAAACGGCCCAGGAACUUCUGCAGAGCUGUAGACCGUUCUGAUUUUCUGCGGGGCGUGGGGGAGGGAGAGGUGUAGAGAUGCAUCUUUGCCUGAAAUGGCAGGACAAGAGGCGUGCAUGAAUCGAAUGAAUGUCCGGGGAUGAGUAAUCCCCGCACCAGAAACUUUGGCUCCUGCAGUUCUCAGACAAGCUGAGUGGCAGCGACCACAGCCCCGGAGGUUGGAGCAUGUGCGAUUAAGUGCUCACCAAGCAUUCCCGAGCCCAGUUUAAGAGGGCACCGUGAUCUUUCCCACACCAUGGCUUGGUGCUUCUGCUGUUGUCGGAAGUGCCCCUAUUUCCUGUCGGAAGAAGAUAAAGCUGCUGGUGCGUUAGAUAAAGAAAUCAACAAAAUACUAAGAGACCAGAAAAAGCGAGACAGGCUGGAGCUGAAGUUGCUUCUACUAGGUGCUGGGGAAAGCGGGAAGAGCACCUUCAUCAAACAGCUGCGGAUAAUCCACGGGGCAGGCUAUUCGGAAGAGGAUCGCAAAGGCUUUGCCAAGCUGGUGUAUCAGAACGUCUUCGCCUCCAUGCAGGCCAUGAUCGGAGCCAUGGAGACUCUGCAGAUCCCUUACGCCCAGCCAGAGAAUGUGGAAAACGCCAAGCUGGUCAUGGGGGUGAAUGCUUCGAAGGUGGUGGCCUUGAACAGGCCGUAUGCAAACGCCAUUGAAAGCCUAUGGAGGGACGCGGGGAUCCAGACCUGCUAUGAGAGACGGCGGGAGUAUCACUUACUGGACUCGGCCCUGUAUUUUCUGUCCAGCCUGGAGCGUAUCGCAGAGGACAGUUACAUCCCCACAGCUCAGGAUGUCCUGAGGAGCCGCAUGCCGACGACCGGCAUCAGUGAAUACUGCUUCUCGAUGCAGGAGAUGAUCUUAAGGAUUGUGGAUGUGGGUGGGCAGAAGUCGGAGCGCAGGAAGUGGAUACAUUGUUUCGAAAAUGUUAUUGCCCUGAUCUACCUGGCUUCCCUCAGCGAGUACGACCAGUGCCUGGAGGAGAAUAGCGAGGAGAAUCGGAUGAGGGAGAGCCUGGCCCUGUUCAGAACCAUCCUGGAGCUGCCCUGGUUCCAGAGCGCCUCCGUGAUCCUCUUCCUAAACAAAACCGACCUCCUGGAGGACAAGAUCAUCCACUCGGACCUGGCCGCUUACUUCCCCAGCUUCCCAGGACCCAAGCGAGAUGCGGAGGCGGCGAAGAAGUUCAUUCUGGAGAUGUACGUGGACACCUACAAGCGAUGCUCCAUGGUGCCCUGCGACACAGGGCAGAGACUCUCCGAGACGGCCUCCAAAUCCAGGUGCCUCUACCGCCACUACACCUGUGCCACGGACACGCAGAACAUCCGCAAGGUCUUCAAGGACGUCAGGGAUGUGAUCUUGGUUGGCUAUUUGGACGACAUCAACCUGCUGUGAGGGGAAGGGCUCAGGCCAGGCCCGGGGCAGCCUUCCCCAGCACUGCCCAGCCAAAGUCCUGUCCCUCUGACCUACAGGGUCACCUGUAAGGAUGAGAAGGGAGAUUGACCACCACGGCUCAUUCAGUCAUUGGCCUCCUCUGCUUUCCUGCAGGGCAAAUAGGUAGUGACUCCAGCUCAGCGGGAGAAGAGAAGACACAGCUGCUGGUUGGACUCUGUUGGGGAGCUGCCGUGUGUGUGUUGUGGAAUCCUUCCGCUUCCCCGGGAGUCUCUAGCCUAGGAAGGCAUCAUGGGGGACGGCGCCUCGUGUUCUGAUGCUCAGAGGAAGGCGUGAGCAGUGACGUGAGCGAGUGUCUCUUCUGGUGGGAGGACAAUCACCUCCCGGAGGAGGAGCGGGAACUUCUCCAGAAGGAGCUGGAGCCGGUGGCCAGGCCCACCGUGCGUAAACCAUCUCCCCAGACAGGAGACCCAGCGUGAGCCUCUGAGCAUGGGCAUUCAGCCAGAGCGGAGGGGGGAAUUGAAUAGGGACUGUUGUGAAGGCCAAUUUAUGAAGCAAUCUUUAUGGGGUGGGGGGCAAAUUAUGUUAGCCCCCAAUCAAUUCUCUUAUAGUUGUCUGCAGUUCUCUUCCUUCUGGUAUCUGCAAACCACACUACAGCACCUCCUUAAAGAGCCUUCUAGCUCAGCGGUUCUCCAAGGUUUGUACUGGUGACCCCUUUCACACAGCAAGCCUCUGAGUGCGACCCCCCCCUUAUCAAUUAAAACCACAUUUUUUUAUAUUAAACACUAUUAUAAAUGCUCGAGGCAAAGCGGGGUUUGGAGGUGGAGGCUGACAGCUCGCAACCCCGCCACGUAAUAAUCUCGCGACCCCUGGCAGGGACGCGACCCCCACUUUGAGAACUCCUGUCUGGUUCAUGUUUGCAUUGAUAUGGGCUUUCUGCUGAAAUGUGAAAUAAAGAGG